AUGGCACAAGCAAAGCCUAGAUCUCGCGUUGCAGUUGAUGACCUGCAGUCAUGGAUCCCCGCCAUCCCGCCCUUUGAAGGAGAAAAAUCUCUCAAUGUAGCUGAACAAGCUGUCUCUUUUCUCAAGGCAUUCUCCUCAACUAUUGCGAACAGCGAUUGGAUCACCUUCGAGAACCUCUUUACCGAGAAAUGCUUCUGGAGGGACUAUCUGACACUAACGUUCGACAAGCGGACGCUCCAUACUAGCAAAUCUGUCGCUGACGCCUGGAGAACUCUGUCCAAAUCUCGUCGACCUUCAAGUUUUUCAAUGGAGACAGAUGACGAUAUGACAAUGGAGGCGGCGUGGGUGCGCAUGAGUCCUGCCUACGGUACACUCGAUGUGCCCUUUCGUUUUCACAUAGACAAUCCAAAGUUGAAGUGCAUUGGCUUGGCGAGGCUUAUCCCCGGCCCCGAGGGAAAGGGUUGGAAGAUAUACACUCUAACAACACAUGCUAUCGAGCUCGAAGACACGCCUUUCAUAUCCCUUCCACGGACAACCCCGUCGCUGAUUAAGGAGUCUCAACGAGGAAAGUCUCAAGCGCAGGGUCUUCCUAGCAUUGAAACCGGUGCUAUUCUAGACGCGGUCAUUGUAGGCGGCAGCUGCAACGGUAUCGCAACUGCGACUAUGAUCGACUCCGGAGGUGGUAAUGCUGUGAUGUUCGACAUGGAGACACAAGCUGGUGGGAAUUGGUCGACGAAAAGAUACGAAAGCGUUAGGCUACACCACCCAGCCAACAUGGUUCAGCUGCCGCGGUUUCCGGUACCAGACAUGUAUCCUAAAUUUCUAUCCGGCCGCGAACUGGCACAAUAUUUGAGCUCCGCAGUCGAGGAAUUACGGCUACCAUUCUUUGGAGGAGUGGAAGUUGUGAGUAACCUUUGGGACGAGGGAAAGAAAUUGUGGAGAGUCAAGGUGCGAGAUGUCCUAGAGGGAAAAGAAAUGGAGCUUGAAGCAAAGAACUUGAUUCUCUCGACAGGGUUCGUCUUUGGGCAACAGGACCCUAAAUACCCGGAGAUCAAGGACAGCGGCUUAUUCAAAGGCCCUAUACAGCACACAGCAGAGUAUCGCAAUUCUGAGGCGUACCGUGGCAAGAACGUCCUGGUUGUUGGGUCAGGAAACUCGGCGCAUGAUGUGGCCGCUGAUCUUGCCUCAGAUCGCGAAGUGCAGAGCGUGACGCUAUUACAGCGCAGUCCCACGGCUCUCUUCGAUUACGAAACAAUAGGAAACAUCAUAGCAAUGCGGUACCAAGGAGACAUCCCUGUUGAUACUGCAGAUUUCCUCGAAGGGAGUCUUCCUACGGGAGUUCUGCGAGAUAUUUUCAGAGGGGCCAUGAAGGGCAUCGCUUCAGCAAACAGCGAGAGAAGUGAUGCACUUGAGGGGAUUGGAUACUUGGUCGAUAGAGAGCCGUGUGUUAUAACGAAGCUAUUGCAGGAAAGGGGAAAGGGAUUCUACGUUGAUCAUCCCAAAACAUUCGAUUUGGUUUUUGACGGAAAGAUCAAAAUUUCAAGAGGGGAGGCGAAAGAAUUCAAAGAAGAGGGGGUCGUGGUGGUUGAUGUAGAGACUGGAGAGGAGAGACUUACUGAGGUUCAAGGAGUUGUGCUUGGAACAGGGUAUAAGAUUCUGGAUCUACCACAAAAGCUCAAGGAAACCGGAUUCCUUGACGCGGCUUCGGCGGGAAAGUUGGUGAAUGUGAGCAUGUUGGGGGUUGACGAAGAGGGUGAGAUACCAGGACUAACAGUGUCUUCUGGACAUCCCAACCUUUACUUUUCAGGUUUCGGGUUGAUUGGAAACCGCAAGAAUGCGAGAUUCGUAGCCAUUCAGGUGUUAGCCGAUGUCACUGGGCAGUUUCCUGAGAAGUAUUACCGCUUGUAG